GUUUUGGUAGGGCUGCCAUAAGAUCAAAAGGACGAAGUAGAUUGUACACAGCAGGACCGUUGUACCCAACACUGCCACGCUGUCAGCCAUGGAAGCACCAGACAUCCCAACCAAGCACAAAGCUCUCAUCUACGACAACCCGGGGAGCAUCUCUGCAAAGGUCGAAUAUGUCGACACCCCGAGGCCCGGUGUGGGCGAGGUCCUCGUCAAGUUGACGCACUCGGGCUUGUGUCACAGUGACAUGGCCAUCAUGACGAAUCGCUGGACCGCCAGGAUCGAACCGACCCCCAAGGGUCAAAUCGGCGGACACGAAGGCGUGGGAGAGAUUGUGGCAUUUGGUCCUGGCGCGGUGGUAGACCAGUCACUGAAGUUGGGAUCUCGAGUGGGAAUCAAGUGGAUGGCCUACGCAUGUUGCAACUGCAUCAUUUGUCUGUCUGGUCUUGAUUCGUAUUGUGAAUCUGGAAAGGUUUCAGGGUUCUUCUACCCUGGGACUUUUCAACAAUAUGCCAUUGCCCCGGCGCAUUAUGUCACUCCCAUACCUGACGGCGUCCCAAGUGACAUGGCCGCACCUCUGCUUUGUGCAGGUUUGACGGUAUAUUCUGCCCUACGGAAAGCCGGUGCCGAACCAGGAGACCCGGUCCUCAUCAUGGGUUCUGGUGGAGGUCUCGGCCACUUGGCUCUACAAAUAGGCGCCAACGGCAUGGGAUACCGGAUGAUGGGCGUCGACAUGGGCGACAAGGAGACCAUUUCCCGUGAAUGUGGCGCAGAAGACUUCUUCGACCUGAGCAAAUACUCCGGUGAUGGCUCUGAAAAAGAACUGGCCGAUGAUGUAAAAGCUGCCACUGGAGGUCGAGGUGCCGCGGCGGUGAUUGUUUGUACGGGCCAUAACGCCGCCUACGCCCAAGCUCUGUCCCUCUUGAGGAUCGGGGGCACCGUGGUCUGCGUUGGGAUUCCUGAAGGCGGUGAAGUGGCCAUGCCGAACGCGACGCCGUCUCAGUUCAUCUAUUUGAAUGCCAAAGUCGUGGGUAGUUCGGUGGGAAAUCGUCUAGAGGCCAUUCAACUCAUGGAGUUGGCUGCGAGAGGUAAAGUCAAGACGCAUUUUCAAAUCAAAAAGAUGGAAGACGCUGCAGAGGUGUUUGAACUCAUGGACAAGAAUAGAUUACAAGGAAGAGUAGUGUUUGACCUGCAAGCUUGAAUUAAGUAAG